AUGUUCAGAAACCAAAGUCUCAUACCCAGCUGCCACACGCUUGGCGCGUCCGGGGCCGUUGUGCCGGUGCUGUCGCCCGAGUGCGGGCUGCCGCAGCCCGAGAUGCGCAAGGGCAGCGCGGGGCAUGCCAGCGCCGGCCACAGCAGCAGCGGCAGCAGCGGCAAGGGUGGCAGCUCCAGCGGGUCCAGCGGUAGCUCCAGCGGGUCCAGUGGUUCCAGUAGUAAGGGCGGCAGCUCCAGCGGGUCCAGUGGUUCCAGUAGUAAGGGCGGCAGCUCCAGCGGGUCCAGCAGCUCAAGCAACAGUGGUUCUGGCGGCUACUACGGCGGUAGCUCCAGUGGCACCUACGGCGGUAGCUCCAGUGGCACCUACGGCGGCGCUGCCGGAGGCGCCGCGGCGGGCGCCGCAGCCGGUCAUGCCGGCACCCGCGGCCACCAUAACUCAACCAGCGGCAGCAGCCAGAGGAAUGGCGCCGCGGUUGUGAGCCCGUCGUGGCCCCGCCUUCUAAUUUUCGUUUUCUUACUCUGCUCUCUUACCGGCGUCGCGCCGCCCGCGACCUUGGACGCGCACAACUAA